CGCGGAUGACCGCAGAUCUCCGAGUCUUAAGAACCCGGACAGGGCAGGUGAUCAGCGGUCAAACAGGAGUGAAAAGCAAACACGGCGCUCAGAGCUCGUUUCACCGCCCCUGACUUCCUGGUGAGGCGGAGGAACCUGUCCCUCUCUUGCUUGUGGGGCCCGUCUCUGCGUCUUGUGGGCCGGGUCAUGAGACUCCAGGGGUGGGUCUCCCUCGGUAACCUCGCAGCUGGAUUUCUGUCCUCAGCAUCCUGGAGGCAGGCAGCGGCUCUCGGCAGCCAGAAACACGCGUGUCUGCUCAGUCAGUCUGCAGCUAACAUGGCAGAGGAGGCGAAGAAACUGGCCGCUUACGCCGCUGUGGACAACCACGUCCAGAACAACCAGGUGGUCGGUGUGGGCAGCGGGUCAACCAUUGUCUAUGCCGUGGACAGAUUAGCGGAGAGAGUGCGUCAGGAGAAACUCAACAUCGUAUGUGUGCCCACCUCCUUCCAGGCUCGUCAGCUGAUUCUGCAGCAUGGCCUCACGCUGUCGGAUCUGGACAGGCACCCAGAGCUGGAUGUGGCGAUUGACGGAGCAGACGAAGUGGAUGCAAACCUGACACUGAUCAAAGGUGGAGGUGGCUGCUUGACUCAGGAGAAGAUUGUAGCUGGCUGUGCUAAACAUUUUAUUGUCAUUGCCGACUACAGGAAGGACUCCAAGGCUCUGGGCCAGCAGUGGAAAAAGGGAGUUCCCAUUGAAGUGAUCCCCAUGGCGUACGUUCCUGUCUCCAGGACGAUAGCCAAGCGCUUUGGAGGGGAGGCCAACUUACGGAUGGCUGUCAGUAAAGCAGGCCCUGUGGUCACUGACAACAGUAACUUCAUCCUGGACUGGAAAUUUGAGAAUGCUCAGAACUGGAAGGAAGUCAACACUGCAAUCAAGAUGAUUCCAGGUGUGGUGGAGACGGGGCUUUUUGUCAGCAUGGCUGAGCGGGCCUACUUUGGGAUGGAGGAUGGAAGCGUUCAGGUUCGGGAUCCUCCAGUCAACUGAGGAGUUUGCCAUAUUCACUGUCAUCCCUCUUCUCGAAUGACCUCACUUCUCCCACAAGUGCCGUGUUCAUGAUUGAUGCCCAGUGUCAAACUGAGAGAGAGCUGCACCUCCAGUACAACUGCACCUCCGGUACAACUGCACAUAACUGUAGCAGGGAAGUUUUCACACAUCUCAAAACAAGAUACAAAUUCAGGUUCACUUGAUUUUUUCUCAUCCUGCAGGUGGUGCUUCUGAUUCUGUGAGUUUUAAAGUGCCUGAUGAGUGAAAUCAAGUACAUCUGAUAAACUUUGUGUGUGUUUUUUUUCUCAGUCUGUAUUGUUGCUUUGUUUGCCUGCCUGGUCACACUGGGAAUGUUGACUCUUCCUGUAAUCAGCGGGUAUGGCUGAAUGUCUGCAGUGCUGUGGUUCUCGACCAGUUUGCUGAAUCACUGCAGUGCUGCAGAAUGAAGCUAAGGUGUGCCUUGAGAUUAUGUUUAAAGUCCUAUUAAAAAAAACAAUGCCAUUAAAGUUACAUUUGAAAAGCUCAUAAUCAUACAUCAAACUGUUAUCAUCUGCUAGGUUGCUAUAAAUAAAAGUCCACCAGUCAAGGUAAAGCUCGAGGCAUUGUGAGCAGUAAAAAAAAGCUGAGAUGCCUUUAAGUCUUUUUGUUAAAUGAAACCACAGAAGGAGGAAUAAUGUGAAUUGUAUAGUACAACAUAAAGAAAUUACACUUUUUUUUCAAGAAAUUAAUUUCUCUAAUUAAUGUGAUGCUUUAAACAGCAGGAAGCUCCAAACAUGAAUGAGAUCAUUGACAAUUUAGGGAAACCCUGUGGUGCAGGUGUGAAACUUCCAUUUUUCAGUCGUUGUGUUAAAAAUUCAAGAGACGUUGGGCUGGCAUGAGAGUGGAGACAUGUCAACACAGGGUACAGAUUAGAUGCUUAUAAAAUAAUGUGCACAUCAAUGUUAAUCUGCAAACAGCUCCAUUCUGUCAGACGAGCCUCCUUCACUUUUACCACACUCACUGUGAGCAGAGUUAGCUGGAAAUUUUUCGCUGUGUUAAUUCCACUGACCUGCUGGACACCUAGUCACGAUAUAGCAGCUCAAAUGUAGAGCUCAUAUAAUUGCCACUGUUGCCAUGGAUCAGUGAUCUGGUUUUGUGCUCUGAGUAAAGACAGAGUUUGAGAAACAUUUGUGGUUUCCUCUCAGUUACAACAGGGGUUCCUGUAGUUACACUAGUCAAGUCAGCCGGGUUAAAGUCCACAGCCUCACUGUUUAACACAAAACAAACCACUGAAUGUUUGUACUUUGAUGCAUGUACCUCCUUUCACUGUGCAUGUCCUUUUUUGUGCCUGUAGGUCACCUGCAUGUCAGUCUCGUAUUUACCUCCACAAGCUGUCCAGUCACUGGACGUCUUGUCAUAAACUUAAAUCUAAAUAAGUGUUUUAAGGUAGUGAUGAUUGGCCGUCAUACUAUAAACGUUACAUGUUUAAUGGGGAACUAUGUAGCUCAAAUACGAAUCAGGACUAUUGCAAGUACAUUUAAUGUGCAUUGGCAUGUCAAAGUAAUAGAGGAUGUUCUAUUACUUUGACAUGCCAAUGCACAUUAAAUGUACUUGCAAACCUUUGUUUCAGAUGUUGUAAGAUUCACUGGUUAUGUAUCUGGUCAUGUUGUGGGAACAACUGCCUACAACUAUGUCAACAUCACUGCUAAAGCACCAAGGGCACUUGGUUACUUUGACUGCCCAGAGCAAACAUCAUUUGUAUGAAAAUUAGUGAUAGCUUGUCAGUUUCUUCCAGGUGAUUGAUGUCUUUCGUUUUGGGAUGCAGUUCUUCACUCUGCUUUUGACUCAAUGCCUUAAAAUCUGGUUUUAUUUUUAUAUGUUGAUGUUUUUGUAUGUACAUCUCUGAAAGACUCAGGAGAACAUCAAGGCUGAGAAAUUUAAUACAAGCAAGCAAAUGCAGCUGCCUGGCACAUUUGUCUACAAGCCACGGUUAUUAGGUACAAGCAGUCUGAUUCUAUUCUAGUCUAAUGCUACUCUCAGUAAUCAAAAGGAAAUGGCUGAAUUUUAGGAUGUGUAACCCUGAGUGGCCUGUAGACAAUGUUAAAGUCAACUGAACUGAGAAUAUGAUGCCCAGUUUGGGUAAAAUACAGAGUAUGAACCAUAUUAUGAUAUUUUGGCACCAGCAUUUCUUUUUUUCCUUUCUUUACCAGUUGGCUGUGAUGAUGAUUUUUGUUGUGAAGGUACUAUUUUCUUUGUCAACCAAUACAGGACCAAAAUUAUA